GGUAAAUUUUAUGAAUGAGUGAAGUAUUUUGAAAUACCAGGUGCGUGAAGAAAGGUGUAUUUAAGUGGAAAACGCUGAGCUUUAAAACAGUAGUCGCUAGUUACAUUACAUCGGAAAAUAGAUAAAUAAAUAUUGCAUUUAUUUAGAUAUUCGAUAUAAGACUUAUUUAAUAAAAGACAAUCAAAUUUAAUAUUUUGACGACAGAAGCAACGUACAAUAUUGACAGUAAAUAACACUUGAAAUAUCAAUUUUAAACGUUUGGUACUAUUCGAAUUCAGAAGUUACCGACUUUGAUACAUUUACAGUUAACUGAAUAUGAACAUUUUCACGUGUAUCUGCGAAAUGAGGCGUUUUGUAUAUAUAUUGUUGUUCACCAUCGUCAUGUACAGUGAGGCCAGAAGUUUUCGUCGAGACCGCUCGCUUAAAUUUAAAUGCACCGGGACCUCAAAAAUAGACAUUCAGUCAGGACAUGGUGUGAAAAUUGAGCCUAUAGAACAAAGCAAUGUGUAUAUAGAUUCUCUGUCCGAACCUUUCGAUGACGGACACGCUUUAAGGUUUGAGUUCAAGACAACUUCCGGUAACGCCACACUGUUUUACGCCGUACGUCGGAAUGACCUGUAUGACAUGGUGUCCGGUGGUAUCCACGACGGCUAUCUGCAGUUCAAGAUACGGUGCAAGUCGUCAUAUGCGGAUCUUACCAUUCCGUUCAGGGUUGAUGACGGGGAAUGGCAUAAAAUAAAGUUUCAGAGGAAACAUAGGAAGGGACUGUUUAUGCUUGAUGACAUAGAGUUCUUCGAACAGUAUUAUGUUGGUUGCGGGGGUUUCACUUCAAUUAACUUCGGCAACACUAAUCCCGAACAUGACUCUUCAGUAAGCGUAAACGAACUAAAGAGCAAGGACGGACAGAUGAACGGAUGCAUACGUAAAGUACAGAUCAGUACCGGUAUAGACGCACCUCCCCACUACACAACAGUAUCUGACUGUAAUUGAAGAGGGGACUCGUCCCAGAAAUACAAGAACAUUAUGAAGACUUUUUGCAGAACUCGUUUCGUUUUCUUUCCGGAGAAAGUGCGGAAAGAGAUAUAAAAAAAAGAACUAAACAAACAAAACUCAAGACACAGUCACAACUGACAGCAUCGAUUUUGCGGUCAGUCACUCGCCGCUGCGCAGUUAUUGUGCGACACAUUCGUUGAGUUUUCAGUAGAGCCAAGCCCUGUGCUUUUAGAACUCCUGUUUUUAUCAUGGAAGCCACUGUACCUCCCAAAGAUAAGAGAACAAACUAUUCUAAAUAUGCGACUUCCCGAAAAGAUGCGGCACUUACAUUCUUGUAGACAUAGUCAGCGGUCAUAUUGUUAUUCUACCGUAAAACCCUUACAACGUUUUAGAGCAACGGUUUGAAUUUAACACACGGUGAACCUUUGUAUCCGUCCAUAGACAUUUAUGUAACGUUUCUGAAUCAGUGCAUGUUUUUAAUGCAUGAUAUGACGCUAUAAGGAAGUCAAAUCUAUAUUCCAAAUGUCAUUUUUUGUCGUUAAAUGUAAUUCUAUAUUCAUUUCUCAACCUUUGCUAUUUACGUAAUGUGUACUAUAUUUAUUUUACUUGUAUGAUUAUUGUGAAGUCAGAAAAACUGGUAGAUACAACCAAAUCACAAUAAUAUUUCGUCAAAAAAAGUAUAGCUUGGUCUAACUUACAGCUAUGAAAAA